CACAGCUUUCAUAGUCAACGGCAGCGGUCGCUCGACCGACUGUCACUGAAUGAAAUGCUAACGAUGAUGGAUGAUCGAGGAUCUCUUUCUUCCGCUUGAUUCGUGGGAGAAGAAAGACGUCGGUAAUUUGUAUGCAGUAGCUGAGUUAUCGAGAAGUUGCGCGUUUACAUCUAAAAUGUCCCAUAAUUAAACGUGAUUCAUUACAGCCCUGACAUUUAAAUCCGUUAUGUCAUAAAGAAAUGUUAUUAUUCGCGUAACAAAGUAUCCCUUAUAUAAAUGUAAGUUGCAUUGUCGAUGGUCGAUUUCCUCUAGUCAUUUUCUCUAAUAAGGAAAUUCACAUUAAUCGAACGUAUAAUUGAACGUAUACAAAAUGUGACGUUAACGUAAAAUAUAAUAAUGGAUUUUACAAAAUGAUUCGAUAUUAUUUCCCCUAUUCUAUACGUUAAAGAACAUACUUCCCCUCGAUGAUUAAACAAUUGAUCGCGUGAGAGAAAAACGAUAUUUCGACGAAUAAUAUUGAUGCAAAAUAUUAUUCAUCCUGGUAUAAAUAUGCUAGGCUAUUCAUCUGAAUACGAGCAACAGUUUGAAACGGAAAGAACGCCUGUAAUUUUAUAGGUGAAGGGCGCGCUUUGUGUCUGUUUGAUCUGUACUUUAUACAGCUACACUUAAGCGCGUAUAUGUGUUAGUUCGACGUCUUUAUGAAUACGAGACAAUUUUGCCACCGACGCUGCACACUUGUAAACGUAUAUAAUAGUUCGAUCUUUCAUAGAAUUGUCAGUACCUAAUUGCCACAAAGCAUAACUGCGAGACAAGUGGCAAUACAACAGCGUAUUAUCCGAUAUCAAUGGUGCGAAAUAGGUCAAUAUUCAUAAGCUCGGUAUAAAAAUGCUCCGGCAUCAUAAACCUGCACCACAGUGCCAGAAAUCGAACUAAGGGCAGAAGCAAAUCUAAACAUGCGUGCCGUAUACUUGUAUCUACUCGUUGCCGUGGCUUGCGCCAUGAUCAAUGAGGCUAACUCUACACCAGGAUUUUGGGGGGAUCUUCUCGCUCAUUGUCCGUUAUUGAGCCACUUUUUCCAAAAUUGUUACACAACUACUACUACUACUACUACUAUGGCUCCCGCUGUUCAAGGCGGUGAUCAAAGACCUAGUUCAUCAUCACAGACAUUCUUUGCCCCGGUUCCUGUGGUUUCCAGCAAGAGAAGAAAGCGCUGGGUUAUUACAAAUGAUUAUAACAACUUGUCAAAUAUGACAAAACAAAACGCAACGCGAAAUGACAAACAAAUAUGAGUUUAUAAUGAAUAUAUUUGAAUAUAUAAUAUUGCAGCGAUGAAUAAUGCAAUAUAUAAUACAUAUAAACAUGCUAAUAUUAGAUUGCGUCUAACAAAUGCUGGUCAAAUAUUCUUGUGAAAUCUCGAAAACACUGAUAUACCCUCUCAAGAUAAUACUAUCUUAAUAUACAUAUGUAUAACGCAAUACACGUAUAACACGCAUCGAUGGAAAAAAUGUGUGAAUUAUAAAUUGUGACUAGAAUAAAAAUAUAUAAAAUC